CGGUUACUUGGUACUUGGAUAUAGUCAUAUAGCAUAGGCAGAGAGGCUAGGGUUUGAGCGGUUCAAUUUUCAGAUAAGGGGUCGGGGUGCCCUUGUCAUUGCAGGACCAGGGUUUUGCAUCGAGCAAAUUUUGAAGAGAACAACAGUUCAGAUGAAUCGUGAAAAACUUAUGAAGAUGGCUGGUGCAGUUCGCACCGGUGGAAAGGGUAGCAUGCGAAGAAAAAAGAAGGCGGUUCAUAAGACUACAACCACAGAUGACAAAAGGCUUCAAAGUACCCUGAAAAGAAUAGGGGUGAAUGCUAUCCCUGCAAUUGAGGAAGUCAACAUUUUUAAGGAUGAUAUAGUCAUCCAGUUUUUGAACCCUAAAGUUCAAGCCUCGAUUGCUGCCAACACUUGGGUUGUUAGUGGCUCUCCUCAGACAAAGAAAUUGCAAGAUAUUCUCCCAGGGAUUAUCAACCAAUUGGGACCAGAUAACCUGGACAAUCUGAGGCGGCUUGCAGAGCAGUUUCAGAAGCAGGCACCGGGAGAAGUUGCAACACAGGAAGAUGAUGAUGAGGUCCCAGAACUUGUUGCGGGAGAGACAUUUGAAGCUGCUGCUAACGAGGCUCCUCCCUCUUAGAGAUGUCUUUGGGAAGCCUUCUGUUUGUUUUUAUUAGUCGUAUUACAAGCUAGUGGAUUUAGUUUUAGCAACAGACCAGAAUUGAUAUUGUUCACAAGACAAGCUCAUGCAAAUGGUAUCUUCCAUCACUAGUGUGCAUCAAAUUUUAUGUCGUGUGGCAACUGGAAGGUGCUGGAUCUCUUUUGGUACGGAUGAAGAAGCAGAAGUUUUAGCAAUUCUCAAAGCUGUCGGUGUCCAAUGAUCAGGCGUGGAACCAGAUUGUCAUCUUCUCCGACCCUUGCCAACCUUGUCUGCUUUAUAUACUGCUGGAGCAGAUUGAUUGGAUGCGGUCAAGUCCUUAGCUAGGAAUGCCCCUCCGGUUCUUUUUUAUUAAUGUAAAUAGGGACACCUUAAUAUACCUGCUCACAAGUUAGCUAGCUCAAUAUGGCAUAUUUCUGAGAAGGCUUGGGUACAUGCUCCUACUUGGUUACAGGACAAUAUGUAUGUAUAUUUUGAUCAGCGGAUGGUAUGAACUUUUAGUUAUGAAAAACAGGCAGGUACUUGAUUUUUCGGUCGUUA